AUUGAAAUUAAAAAACCAGUUUAUUUACCGAACACAUCGACAUAUCGCGCGCGGCAAUGUAAUAGCGUAAUCGUGUAGGCAGUGCUUUUGCAGUGAAUUUGUUGCUCGUAUUUUCUCACGAAGAUUAUAAUCUAUGAACUUUACGGUACAGUUACUUCUCCGUGACGUAUUGUUAUUACAAAAAUAUAUACAAUAUUUAAGUAUUUCAUUAUCUUUUGUAUUGUACAGCAUUUAAAACAGGUGUGUCGUAUUCGAAUUUCGAAUUGUUUGAAGGAACCGUGCAUUCAAUUAAAAACAAGUGAUUUGUUUCGUACGAAGUGUUUAAAAAAUGUUUUACUAAAAUAGGUUAUUUAGCAUAGUUGAAUGAGCUGUGUGUGAUUUCUACAGGCCAAUACAAGAAGACUUCAUGAUACAGACAUGCACCAGAUGAGGUUGAGAAAUCAUCGAACAGCUGCCAAUCAUUCCUGAUGUCGUGUAGCAGGGCCCACGAGGUUGGCUGAGUCAUGCAGCCAUGGCCAAUAAAAAGGCACUGUACUCUAUAGCAGUGGUCAUACUCGGCUUCAUUUGCUUCAUAGUGGGGGCCAUAGCCGUUGGACUGCCAAAUUGGGGAUACUUUUAUAGUUAUGACUCUGAUCUCCAGCUAUCGAUGCUGUCGUCUUAUUAUUUGGUAAACCCUAGCUACGAGCAAGGCUACUUCGGACCAUGGAAUAUGUGCAAGAAAAUGUCGUACAACAGGGAGAAAUGCGGCGCAGACGUCUCGAAGUUCCGGCCAUCCACGGCCGUGUAUAUAGCGGGCGUGGUGGCCGUGAUAGGAGUGACGGUGUUGGGUGUGUUCUGCGUGCUUUCAGUGCUGCAGCUAGCCAUGAUCUCGUCGAAGGAACGUGUCGGAUUCAAGUACACCCACCUAGUGAUGAUGAAGUUGGCGCUCGCUUUGUUGGCCGCAUUGCUGUCUAUAGCAGCAGCAGGCCUGUUCGCUGUGCAGGGCGAUGACAGGGGAUUUUACCUUACCAGGGGAGAAGCUUUUUAUGUACAGAUAGUAUGCAUUGUUAUAAAUGCAAUACUGUUCAUAAUGUCGCUGUACGACGCGUUGUUCUCGCGGCGAGUCGGCGGCGACCCCACCAACGCUGGUGACCCACCAGACGGCACCACCAUCAACAAUCCUGGAUUUAAGGAGGGCAGAGGAAUCUCAAUGACGGACGCGUCAGGGAAACCUUACAGCACGAACGGCCACGGUAGCGUGGGCUCGGUAAACACCACCGCGACAACCCUGACAGGGUUGUCAGACGCCAGUACGAUAACCAGAUCUCCUCUUCGGUCUUCGCUAAAGAAGCCCAGGCCCCGGGAAGGAGAGCCGGGCGGGUUGGGCAUACAGAACCCAGGGUAUUCAGGUCACUCGCCGCCUCUAAACCGUAAUGGAAGUCAGAAGAAGGUGCGCAUACAAACGCACAGUACUGAGGUAUAAUUUGUAGGUUACAGUAGUAGAGCGUGUCGGUUAUGGACCUUAACAUAUUUAUAUGGGUUGUGGAAUACGGGGUCAUAUCAGAGGUUGAACGUUACAAGUGACAAAAUAAUACGUAAUUUUCUAUAAUUCACCGUUAUUGUGACAUUUUGAUAGUUUUUUAUUAUAUCUAUUGUAUUAUGAUAUUAUUUAAAAUACUCUGUACCUAAUAUGGUUCGACUUUUUUUUUUUUUGUAAAAUGCGACUGGAGUUGACACGUCAUUCAUUCAUUAUGAAAAUUGGAAGCGAGUACUUAUACAAAAAAAAAAAAAUACGAUAAAAAUAGAUGGAACAUAACAGUAUUUUAAAUAAUGUCAUACGUCAUAACCGUCAUAAUUUCCUUUUAAAUUAUUCGCUGAAUCUCAUAAGCGCUGAUGCGAGAAUCUUUUAGUGAUACUUUAUUAUUAUUGGCUUUAACUAUAUACAUACAUACAUGAAAUGUGUAAGAAAAAAUGAUAAUUUACAUUUAUAUUUUUGCAUUUUAUUUUAUUAUAAAAUAUAAUUACUAAAGUUAUAUCAAGUUGUAUAUGGAAUAUUUAAAAAUUAAACUAUUUAUUUUAUUAAAAAUUUAUUAAGAAACAAUUACCAUUAAAAAAUUCUCGUAUGAAAAAACAAUAAAUAUAUAAAUAUAAUUAUACAACCCAAGUUUUACCGACAAAUGCAUUAUGUGACAUAACUAAAAUGCCACUGAUGUGACAUAAAUGGCACGUUAAAAUAUCAUUAAUUAUUAAGAAAAAAAAAAACUUAUUAUUAGUUAUAGAUUUAUUAGAGAAUUUUACUUUUGAAGUCCGACCAGGAAAAUAUAAGCCCUCACCAUAUUGCGGAUACUUUCAGAGAUAAUUUAUAUUACUGGCAACACUACAGUGUUUUUGUUAUGUUGGCAUCAUUAUUAUUACUGUAUCACUUAUGAUAAAUAUGUAAUGGCUGAAAGGCAAGCUUACAAGCCAAACUCUCAUUAAAAAAAUUUUGUGCAUUUUUAUUGAAUAUAAAUUCUGAAUUAAUUGUCAUUUAAAAAAAAAAUCUUAAUAGUUUUUUAAAACAAUAUGUAAUUCAGAUGUGAAAACUUAAUGUAAUUAAACAUAUGGAUCACCUGAUAGUAAGCUCGAAAUAGUGCAUCCACUGCAGUGUUUAUAUUUCCCUGGUACGGUUUUGUCAUUAUUUACAAAUUGUAUAAUGUUACUACCCACAUAAUAUGUAUAUUUCGAUUUGAACAAAGUUCUUUUAUACAUAUUUACCACGUGUAUAUAAGUCAGCACAAAGUGUUGUGUAUAAAUAAGAGGACAUUACUUUUUAUUUCAUUGUUAUAUACAGCUUGUUGUGUAUUUUCCUUGCAAUUUAUAUACUUAUUAUUAUAUUUACAAUUUAGUAUAGGAAUUAAUUGCAAUAUUAUAGUGGAUAGAUCAUUAUGAUAUUAUUUUUAUUCUAUUAGAUAAAGUAUUGUAAAUACAUGUAAGUAUUUAAAACAGAACCCACCACGCUCAGAGGAUCAUUUUAGAUGUAUUUAUUUUAUCAAUUUAAUUUACAUGAUUGAUUUUAUCAUUAAUUUCUCUUGAAUUUUAUUUGAGACAUAUCGAUAUAAAUAUAAAAUCCUUUAUAUUUAUACACGUCGUGAAAACGAAAUAAUUUGCAUUCGUUUAUGGGAGUUUUCUAUCAGUUAAACUGAAUUUUUCACCAAAAAAACUUUUUGUUUAUGCAACUUAGAAUGGCAAAUAAGCUGACGGCUUACCUGAUGAGUGGUAACCGCUAGAUUAAUGCUGUGUUAAUAUGGGAGGCUCAAAUUAUUUUCUCAUUUUUCAACACAAAUACAAGAGAGUGAUUGUACAAAAAUCAUCUUCUUGUGUACCUCUGUCCCAUUUGUAUAUCUACCGUAAAGCAAUUGUGUUUGCAUAGCUGUGUUUUGGUUUAAAUGGUGGGAUAUGGCAAUGAAAUUACAAAGUACAGAUAUAUUAACACCUUACUUUUUAGGGAUGGCAAUGCAUGGGGAGUAUUAUGAGUGACAUAGUAUAUUAUGUCUAAGGUAAUGUUCAUGUCUAUAAGCGACAGUUGCCACUUUCUAUCAGAUGGGCCGUCAGUUUGUUUUGUUUCUAAGUUGCAUAAAAGGUCCCUCUUUAGUUGUACACUCUUGACAGAGGGGUCCUGGCUUCGAAAUUAAGAUAGUAUGGAAGUCUUAAAAUGUCUCUAUGGAAAAUAUUCAGUUUCAAUGGUAAAAACACUAUCUUAAACGAUAAUGAUUUCUAUUUCUCUUGGGAUAAAGCAGAAAACACACGUACCAAGCAGCUUGGUUCCUUUAUCAACAGUUUUUACGAUCUUGUAAGUCGAUUGAUUGAAUCGACAGAUGUUUAGCUUUAAGCUAUUAUGUAUGUACAUCAUUUAUAACUUAACAACAUAUGAAUGCAUUCGUGAUACUUAUUUUUCCUGAAUAAUUAAUUACCUAUUAAUUAAAUAAAAAAAAGACAUGUUAGAAACAAACAUUAUGAUUAUGACCACAGAUAUUAAGCUCAAUAGAUAACGCAAAUUGAUCUCAUGCUAUAUAAAUUAAUAGGUACACAAAAUAAUAUUUUUUAUCCACUCCUAUUAAAUUGUUCACAUGAAGAAAAAAUUGAAGUAAAAAUCAAAAAUUAUUUUCCAAUUAUUAGUAAUUUUUUUUUAUUACGUUUUCAGAGUUCUAAAUCUGUUUAUAAAACUUGUUUUUAGCAACACAGUCCGUUCUGUCAUUAUUAUAUACCGCUCAUCUUUUAAACAUAAAAAAAUUACUUUUCAUUCUCUUUUAAAAAUUAUCAAUCGAAUUCUUAAAAAAAAACUAAGUCCAUAACUAGAUACAUGUAGCAAUGUAGACAGCUUGUUUCGGUAAACUUGCUUUAUCUAUAUAAUUUAAUAUCUGUGUGUAAUAGAGUAAUUAUAUAUAAGGCACAAUGUAAAAAGAAUCUUCUGAUGUUAAGUUAUAUAUACAUAGUCCAAUGUAGACGUAUUGUUACUACCUAGAUGCCUUAAGAUGGAGAAUAACACUUAAAGCUUAUGCAAUUGACACUUAAUAUCUGUCUUGUCUCCAUCCAAUAAUUUUGUUAAUUACCUUUUAAACUCUCCAUUGGGAUUGUCGUGUCCAUAUCGCCCUCUACUGGAUUUAUCCUACAUAGAAUCUGUUUGUAUCUUCCCCCCUUUAUUUAUCUGUCUACUGUAUUGACAUAGUAAUUAAAUAGAAACGGAAUAUAGAACAACAAUUUGUAAUAUUUCAAAAUUAUUUAUCGUGUAUAGAAAUAUUUAAAACACGUAGUACAACAUAAAGUCGCCGAUUUAAAUCAUUCACUAGCGUCACGACAGCUGCUAUGAAGUCAAGAGGUCGAAAGGUUAAAAUAUUAAUCAUAAAAAUCAUACACUAAUCACUUUGUAUUAAAUAAACACAGUGUCUUAUACAAAGAAAGGUGCCUUACCUUCCCAAUGUAGAACGUGCCUUAACCUAUGCCUUUCCCCACGUUUUAUAUAAUUUUACCCAACAGAGUAAAAAAUUAAAUUAUUUAUGUUAAAAUGUAUAAUAAAAUAAGAUAAUUAUUAUUUUUCCGUCCAAACUCUGGUCUUAAAGUUAGAUUUAAAUUACUACUUAAUGUUAUAAAUAUUAAUAAUUUAAGAUUGAAAAAAAAAUGUUAUAAAACUGUAUAAUUCGUAAUUGCUGUUAGAAAUUUCUCUGUUAUUAUGCAUAUAUUAUUAAAUUUAUUCUUUCACUGAUAUAUUUAUGAAGAAACACUACUAUAAUUCUACUAUUACUAUUUAUUGCCUAUUAUCUAACUAUGUAGUAAAUUAAUCUAUUUCAUGACUUAUUAAUUGUAUUGUAACAAUUGGACAUAAGAAUAACAUCUCUAGGGAUCAACAAAAUAUAAAUAUUGCCAGCUCCUUAAAGAUACAAUAUAAAUAAUUUGAGUAUAAUUUCAUUACCUAAUUAUUUUUACGGAAUUGCAGUUUUGUGUACCAUAAUGUCUACUGUGCAAACAUUUUGUCUAUAGUUUUAGUUUUAGAAUAAAUAAACAAGGUGGAAAUGAUACUCAUAUACAUUCCUUUUUGAAUGCGGCAAUGUCGAAAAAUAAUUCUAUCAGAUCCCGAGUAAAUUGCAGACAUUAUCAAAAACUUUUCUCGUUUAACAAACAUUUAAAAGAUAUUAUUCUACGGAUUUGAACACAUGCAACACACUUGCAAGUAAGCGAAACACACUCUCGCUGCAAUAUCUUUUUCCAGAGAAUCCUGACUUCAGAAGAUAAGAAUUCCACCCAUUUAUGCGCCGACAUACUUGGUAUAAUUAAUGAAUUCAAGAGUAUCACUUCAACCUAAAUAUUUAUUGUUGUGAUUCAAUAAAAUCUAAGCGAGAAGAGGGGUAGCCAGGGCCGUUUUAAAAAUAUUUUAGGCCAAAUUCAAAAAUCACUUCACAGCUUCGCGAUACGCCCAUCCUUUUUCUGUCAAGUACCCACAAGUCAAAUAAGAGCACCCCAGUGCUACCCUUGUAUCCUCGACUUAAGACGGACCUGUGAAUAGCCUUCAUCCUUAUAGCAAUCUAGAAAUUCGUCAAAAGAAAAAUGUGACUUAAUACAAGUUCAAAUUUAUUGGUAUUUACUUAUCAAUUUUGUAUUUCAUUUUACAAUCUUUAUUUGCUUAAUUACUUCCUAAUAUAUUCUCUUUGCAAUGUUUUCGAAGUACGUUACAUCAAAUCAUUUAUUCAUUCUCUUUUCACAUCAUUAACAGAAUUUUUCAGUUUGGAUGGCUUGAAAUAACCACUACAGCAAUAUACGUUGUCGUCAUAUUAUAUACUGGACUGGUGUAAUAGUUACCACUAUUACACCAGUCCAGUAUAUAAUAUGACGACAACGUAUAUUGCUGUAGUAAGAUUACCAUCUUAUUAUUAUGCUUGUCUCAGUGCACAGUCAAGCUCUUAGUCAACCACACAUCUAUUGCUGAGUGUAAAACUCUAAAGAUGGAACAGCUUCAUCUCUGUCCUACGAGCAACUAUGUAUGUGUUUAAUUCAAAUAGUUAAAACUGUUCACGUAUCCCUUUGUUACAAAUAAUUUACUUCAUUGUAAUUUUUUUCGCUGGGUUUCUAUAUUUUAUUAAACAAUCUCCGUCCUGAUUUUAAGAUCUACUUUAAUUGGCAAUAAGCUAUGUUUUAAUAAAUAAUUAUAGAUGAUUUUUAAAAACUGCAA